AUGUAAUUCAACAUUUGUUUAUAAUUAUCACUGCAAGAGUUAGAGAACAAAACUCGUGCACAAUAAACAUUUAUACAAAAUUGAAAAUAUUGUAUAAAUUAUAAAUAUCUAAUACUUUCAUCCCAUAAAUUUACUUUUAACGUGUAAAAAAUCAUGGUGUUAACACGAGAGUACCGUAUCUGUAUGCCAUUGACUGUUGAAGAGUAUCAAGUGGGACAAUUGUAUAUGAUUGCGAGACAUAGCUAUGAACAAUCAGGAGAUGGUGAAGGAGUUGAGGUAAUUGAAAAUCGUGAUUGUGAAGAUGAUGAACAUGGAAAAGGCCAAUAUACAGAAAAACAUAUUCAUUUGUCAACUCGGUUACCAUAUUGGCUGCAGGCCGUUUGCUCCAAGGUUUGCCCGAAAGCAUUUUAUGUCAUUGAAAAAUCAUGGAACUACUAUCCACUUACCAUAACAGAGUAUACUUGUUCAUUCAUACCAAAGUUUCACAUAUCAAUACAAUCCAAGUACGAAAAUGACAAUGGAUCACACGAUAAUUGCUUGAAUCUUAGACCGGAACUACUUGAAGUUCGUAGCGUCGAUGAGAUUGAUAUUGCAUUUGACGAACUGAGCAAACACUACAAACGUGAAGAAGAUCCAAAGUUCUUUCAAUCGACCAAAACGAAGCGGGGUCCAUUAAUUGAAGGAUGGCGAGAUGAAAAACCAAUUAUGUGUUCUUAUAAAGUUGUUCAUGCCUCAUUCGAAGUAUGGGGUCUUCAGACACGUGUCGAAGAUUUUAUUCAUCGUUGUAUUCGAGAAAUUCUUCUAUUGGGACAUAGGCAAGCAUUCACCUGGAUUGAUGAGUGGAUUGAAAUGUCAAUGCAAGACGUUCGAGGUUAUGAACAUCGUUUACAAGAUGAGACUAAUAAAAAACUGGAUAAGAAGCAUAGCGGAUCAACCUCUAGAAUAACCUUUUAGAAUAAUUUCUUAAAAGAAAAAGUACAUAUAUAUAUAACGAGAUACUAUUCGGUGGAGUUAUCAAAUAUAUAACCAUAAUUCGAA